GCGACGUUUGGCCGGCGCAUAGCUACAGAGGAGGCCGGAACUUCUCCCAUGCGGCGCGCGCUGCCGUCCCAGGCCUGCGCCGACGAGUCCGUCACCGUGAGACACCAUGUCGGCCUUUGUGCGCGUCUCAGGACCGCCAAACAGUAACUUCCUGGUGGGCUAUCCGGGCAUAUCGGCGACACUGCCCCGAAUAGAAGGCAAAGUCGAAAUACGGCCGUUAGUAGGCGUCUCAGCACCCGUCAAUGUGUCCCUCGUCACUAUCGCGCUCCAGCGGCGCGAGACCAUCCACCCUGCCGCCGACUCCGUUACCAAGAAGCACCUGGCCGCCCCGCGCAAAGAGAUCACUGACAUUGUUGGCAAGGAGAUGCUUCUGUUUCGAUGUCCAGCUGGAAGGGAAUACGAGAGCGUGCUGUCCAUGGACCUACCAUUCGUGAUAUUCAUACCAUAUGGCCGAGGAGGGGAAGAAGUAGCGAGGAGAGUGCCGCCCGCGAGCUUGCAAUUACCAAGCCGAACAGCUGAGACAUUCUACGAGCUACUCGUAACGGUGCAGCAGGGACCCUCAGAUCAGAAGAAAUAUCCAUUUCCGGUGCCAAUACAGAGAUACGAUACGCUGUCCACUUUCGGCAUGUAUAACCGACCUGAGAGCGCCGAGCGAGUCACCGACCAUCUGGUCACCCUGGGAAUUAGUCUGCCUCGGUGGAGUUAUGGCCCCUUAGAUCCCGUAUCUGUGUACAUCAAACUGAGCCCGAACCCGGACUGGUUAUCCAAGGCGAAGAAGGUCACUAUACAGAAGAUUACAGUGGGUAUAGACGAAGAGAUUAUCUUUAACCAUGAAGGGGAUGAGCCCACAAGAAAGGUCAAGACGCUGGCGAGGACAACGCAAGCUGUCGGGGUUAAGAUGCCCGAGGCAGGCUAUUUCACCAACCUUGGCCUGGUAUUUCCCGCGAAGGAUCUACGGGACUCGGAAGGCAUAAUACCGCGAGGAAAGAAGGAAUUUCCCAUGUACGCUGUCAAUGGCUUCACGACGACAGGCACGCUCUACAAGAUCGAAUAUUACCUAACAGUCAAGGCACAAAUGUCGUCAGCAAGAGACAUUCUCCUCCGUCAGCCUAUCGUCGUAUGCCCGUUCGAUCACGCCGGCUGCAAGGAAGAGAUGGACGCUAUCGAACAAGCAGCCAAGGACGCCGCACACGUCUCACCCGACAAUCCCAUGCUACCUGCUGCUGCCAUUAUCCGCGCAAAUGACCCGAGCGGCCUACAUGCACUAGGCAUGGCGAUAGUCGGUGGAGCACGGAAGCCCUUGAUCGAGUGAGGAACCUGUGGUUGGUUAUAGGUCGACCAUCGCUAUCACUAGUAGCUGUGUUUCAUCUAUCACCAUAUGGCGGAAGAUCUUGCAGAUAGAGUGCAAAGGCAGUGGUGCUAAGGCAAGAGCGAAAAAGGUCAUGAGCAUC